AUGUAUGUAUGUAGGACUUUAAAGUGCGAUGGGACUCCAAAGCCCGAUGGUCACGCCAAAGUCCGAUGCCAUAAUUUCUUAAGUGGUUGCGAGGCUAACCCUUUUCUCUCGGAUGGUUGCGAUGCUAACCCUUUUCUCUCGGAUGGGUGCGAUGCUAACCCUUAUCUCUCUGAUCGGUGCAAGGCUAACCCUAAUCUCAGGGAUGGGUUCGAUGCUAACCCUAAUCUUUCGGAUGGGUGCGAGGCUGACCCUAAUCUCUUGGAUGGGUGCGAGGCUGUCCCUAAUCUCUUGGAUGGGUGCGAGGCUGUCCCUAAUCUCUUGGAUGGGUGCGAGGCUAACACUAAUCUCUCGGAUGGGUGCGAGGCUAGCCCUAAUCUCUCAGAUGGGUGCGAGGCUAACCCUAAUCUCUUGGAUGAGUGCGAGGCUAACCCUAAUCAGUCAAAAAGUCUGUAA